AUUGCAUUGUAUACAUGUAUAUAUCUCUUCAUGCUCAUGUAGGCUUUAGCUCCAUUUAUGGUGUUGACAAAGCAUUCUCUGUUUUUUACCUAACUGUAGAUUUCUCGAUUUCAGGGCACUAUAAUACACAUUUGGGAUGAGAUAGAUGUAACCGUGAUUGUGAUGUGUAGAGAGAGCUUUUGAUUGGUCACCUCUUGGUCACAUGACUGGUGCAUCCGCUCUGACUGUUGCUGUCUGGCAUCUAUGACAACGAACUUUGAAAAGUUGUCUGAAUGGCUUCAAUGAAGAAGAAGAAUCUCUCCUCCACUACGGUGCAGCCUAAGUCUCUGAAAUGUACCGUGCACCUCGACAUUCAGACAGUCACAUGUCCAGGAGUGCUCCUGACCAAAAACAAUGAUGUCUACCUCAGUGUGUGUGUCAUGGGCCAGUACAGGAAGACUCCCUGUUUACCCCCUGUGUUCCCUUUACUCUUCCACCAUAAAAUGAUUUUUGUCAAGACUUUCCCUGGCGUUGUUGACCCUGCUGAUGUAGCUGACCUCCUGGAAGCUGACACAACAUCUUUUGAGCUGAUUCAGUUGGUGCCUCCAGAGGGUGAAGUCUUAGCCACAAUGGAGGACAGCAGCAGAGAUUUCCUGUACCCUGGUCCCAGACUGAGCUCCAGAGAAAGAGCAGCAGAGAGAGAGAUCCUGAUGAAGAGGUCGCCCUCCUUUCCUGGAAUCUCCCUCAAAGUGGAGUUUGCCACGACAUCGGUCAUAGAAGAGAGUGAUGGGGGAGACGGCUUGCCUUCCUCACCUACCUGCUGUCUUUCUCCAGCGAGGCCAUCUUUAACCCCAUCCAGACAGAGUUCAGCGAAAAAGUCUUUGCCAUCUGACGGGAAUCUUUCCAAAAUAGAUGAUGCAAACCGUGUCUCCUGUAAAGGUGGGAAGGAAAGGCUAAAAGUUGAGGCCAGAAUCACAAACUCUGCACCGUCCUCAACAUCCAGACACUCCGCUUCUUCAUCCACAUCUGUCCGAAGGCCCCAAAAAGACAAGAAGGAAGGAAAACGCACUUCUUCUAGAGUUUUUGUAGACUCUGGCUACCACCAGCCCACCGUUUCCUCAAGGACUCGUGCCUUGUCCCCUUACACCCACCGCAAGAUGUGCCAGCUGUCAGAGGACACCAGGCAGCGGCUCGGCCACCUCCAUCUGGGGCCUCACCACUUCAGGAAGGAGACCGAGAGCCAGCCGCCCUUCUUGGUCCCUCUCUGCAGUAGUGCCUCUGUGAGGGGAAGUCCUUCCUCCGCUCCACAGGAUGGGAGUAUCCAUCGACACUCGGUCAGCUUCACAGCUGAUCACACAGAUUAUUCUCUCCAAGGGAGUUACAGACCAAGAGCAGCCACAGUGAAGUCAGGUUCUGUGAGGGCCCAGUUGUCUCCAGAGACACGGUCCAGACUUGAAGCCAAGACCAGAAGCCCCGUGAGAGGUGGUGCCUUCGCUCAGUCCACGCUGAGCGUGUCCAACUCCAGAAGUCCUCUGAGUCUCAGCUAUUCCCUCAGAGAAAGGCUCCAGCCCAGUCCAUCGUACUGCGAGCAGAUCCACAGCAGAGUUGAGAGGAUUCUGCAGACACACAAAUCCACCUGGGACAACCAAGUGACCGUGGACCUUUAACUUCCUGAUCGGCUGACUCUUCAUAUAAUUGUAUCAGUCAGUGAGUCAAAACAUCUCACACAGACACAGGUGUAGCUUCAUUUAUCUCCCUUUGGCGUUCAUUUAAAAUGCAAACCUUCCCAGCACCUGCUGCGCUGCGCUUGUCGUCGUUUCUCUGAAAAGGAAAUCAAUUUGUAGCACAGCAGCACUGCUUCCCUCCCACCCAUCAGCGGUUUGUUUUUUAUUUAUUUAAACGUUCCAAUGGUAAAACCAAACGGAGAUGUUGUCUAAAUUCUCUAAAGCUGUGUGUGUGUGUGUGUGUGUGUGUGUGUGUGUGUGUGUGUGUGAGAGAGAGAGAAAAACAGGAGACAUGGUGGAUGUACAGUAUGCUGCAGCUGUUCAGGGCUCGGCUCUCAACACAAAAGAGCGACAAGAAGGUCACAAAGAGCCAGCAGCUACGAGAGACUGAAGAGCUUUAAGAGGAACAGUUUUUGAAGAAGUUUACCAACCCUGCCUUUAUAUGAAUUAACUAUUAAAGUAACAUCUGAAUGUGCCAAACCAAUUGGGACAAAUGUCAUCCUCUGCUUAUGCUGCCUUCUCUUUGUGGGACCAUUGCAGUCGUGUGCUGCUUAUGUCAGCUUCUUUAAUAUCGUGCUUUGUUUCAGGUUUUGUGAUCAUCUUUUUCAACGACAUCUUCCUUUUUUCAGAAUUAGAAAAACAGAGCUAUAUGUAUUUGAAAUGUUGUAACCUCAACAUUUGGACUUAAUAUACAAUUCUUUAGAAAAUAUCACCCGACACCAGUUUCUGAUUUGAUCAUUAGUGAUGAGAUUUAAUCCUACAAAUCAUGUUACAAGGCAGAUUAUUACGGUGCUAGUUGAAUUAAAAGGAAACCUUUACAAACAAAGGCCGUCAAAAGAUAAGUAUUUUAAUGUUCAUGAUGCAUGCAUAUCUAGAAAGUCUAUGAUUAAUGUGCAGCAACAUUUAUUGGAAUAUUUGUUCCAUUAGAUUAAAAAAUGUUUCAGUUGUAAAUGUAAGCAUGUACACACUUUGUGGUAACUGUACAGAGCACUGACUAUUUCUAACAGGAACACCAGCCCACCUCCUGCAGUUGAUUGUAUCAGUAUUUAUGAAAAGUCCCUCAGUCAGUGUUCAUCACAUCAAGUAUUUACUUCUUAUGGAAUUUACUCUUCUUGCUCCUCUUGCCAGCUCCUUGUGCCGCUCUUUCCGUCACAAUGUGCUGGUACUUCUUUUUGUUGUUGCUGGAAAGACGAGAGGAAAGUACAUUUUAUGUUUGCAAUAAUGGAAUACAUCUACACACUCCUGACUAAAUACUAGAGAGCAAACUGACACCAAUGUGCUCACACAGGUUAGCAAGAGCUGCUGUGGUGCUGCAAUGUAUUCUGGGAGCUGACAUUUUUAAGUUAACGAUGGUUACAAACUGUAUUUUGAUAUCCUUCAUUAAUAUUGUGUUGUAAUAGAUUUGAAAUAUGUGACGGCAGACACUGGAGCAUCGCUGACACAGUAUUAGGUCACAGCAUCAGUCUAUUUCAUAGUUGAAUCAUGUGACAUAAUAAAGCCACGUCCAGAAAGAUGGUUGUUUGUUUUCAUUUCAACUUACUGUCUGAACUCGGCAUCAGAUAGCAGCUCCUCCACCAUCGUCCUCUUCCUCGCCCUCUUGGGAACACGGGAAUGAUAGAAGUCGACUGGGUUGUCCACCACCGUACCAACCUGUAUCACACACACACACACAAGUAAUGCAAUACAUGAAAUCGAAAAAAAGAAGACUUAAUCAGAUUACCGAUGGGAUAAAUUUAGUAAAAAAAUGGGGAUUAUUAGUUACAAUUUUAAAAGCGAUAAAAUAAAGAACGAUAUUCUACCAUGCACGUGUGCACACUUUAAAACAAGUGUCACACAAUGGCCUCUACACCGGUACAAACAUUCUUUAACUAGGUGGAAAUUUCCCCAUAAUUUUGUAUGUAAAGCAGAAAGGGAAACAUCACAGGACAGUGCAACCGCACAGCAGGACAGUCUGCUGCUAUCUAGUCCAGAGUUUAUUCUUUUUGCAGAGGCAGUGCAGUGUGAAAAGAUGCUUCGUAGGAAAUGAGCGAGCCGCUUAAAUUUCUGGUCCAGCAAGCGUAACACAGGACAAACCGGGAAUUCAAUUUAUAUUAGUAUUGCUGCUGCUCCUAGUUGAAAUCCAGCUAAAUUCAUAAUUCUGAACUACAGACCCUAUUAGUGAACCCCUUAACUAUGAAAAUGACAAAGUCAUGACCAUGUUUCCAAAGAAAACAAAUAUAAACAUUGCCUUGUUCUUGAGGAGGGAUUCUGAGGGGCAAGAGAUUUGUUUUCUACCAACCUGAAAGUAUUUGGGAAAGCCAUCUCUGUCGUUCUUCUUGUAGAACCUCUUGGGGUCCAUGGAGCCUCUCAUCUUCAGGACUUGGAGGUCACCUUUCAGCUCCUGUGUGAUCUCCGGGGCUUUCAUAUUAAACCAACCAUCUCCUGUUGAUUUCGCCCUCUCCGUCUGGGAAAAACAGCGAUCUCAAUUAUUUGGAGAAGCCUUUGAAGCAAAGAAUUACAAUAAAAACAUCUGCUCUACUGUAUUUAUGAUUUGGUGAUUUGGGGCAAGACGUUUCAUCAUAACUGAUUCCACAAACAUGAUCCAAGUGAUAAAACUAGCAGAUUGAAGCACAGAUAAUCUAUCAUGCAAAGCAUGUGAACUUACUCUGUUUUUCAACUUUACGGCUCGUUUGGAUUCACUGUACGGCGGCACUGCAUCCUUCUUCUCAAACUCUGGUCCUAUCACACUCUUCUUCAUCACCUGUGGACAGCAACAACAAAAAAAGUGUUAUUGGAUUUACUCGUGCUUGCAUAACUAUAAAGUUCAUUAUUCAUUCUGCAUCACAGAUCACCUUCAAAAAUCAAUUACUUAUUUACCUCAUCUUGGAUCUUCUUUUCCUUUAGUUUUCGUAGUGAAGUGGAGACGG